AUGCUGCAGCUGAUACUUCUGCUAACUCUGCUACUGUCGUGUGUGGGCACGCAGCCCGCCGGCAGUCGCUUGGAGCCCGCCACCGACGACGUGUACACGGUCGUGAGCCGCAUCGACGUGGACGACUCGGUGGUGGCGGUGGUGCGGCGCAACGGGGUCCUCCACCUGCUCUACGACGAAACCAUCAUCGGGGCCGAGUUCGACGACCCGUAUCUGCGCAAGCAGACGGCGUUCCCGGGCUUCACAAUUAUGCAGUGCGCCGCCUACUUGAAGGACAAACCCACGCGGGCGCUGCAGAUCGGACUGGGCAUCGGCACCGUCCCGAGCUUCCUACGAGAGAUGGACAUCCCCACCGAUGUGGUGGAGAUCAGUGAGGCCGUGGUCACGCAGGCGGCGGACUAUUUCCAGUAUGAAUGGUGUCCGAGACCUGAUGAAGAUGACGACGAAGAUGAGGAUGAGGAAGAGGGCGAGCAGAGAUGUCCCAAUGGACGGACAUUGGUCAUGGAUGGACUCAAGUUCCUGGCUAGUAAGCCGCAGGAUUUGGGGGUGCAAACGGAAGACGAGGAGGAGGAGCACCCCUACGACCUGCUCAUUGUGGAUGUCUACACGGGCUGGAACCCUUUCGCCUUCUUCGUUCGAGAGGAGAUGCUGCACGUUCGCGAGAACUGGCUGACGCAAGACGGAGUGCUCGUCAUGAACUUCGUUGGCUACAUGCACGGCCCGCGCGCUGCAGCGCCCAAGUCCAUCUACCGCACGUUGCAGAGCGUGUUCAAGUACGUCAAGUGCUUCCGUGAAAUGGAGGCGCCGGACGAGCCCGAUGCCGCCAACAUUGUCUUCUACGCUUCAGACAAGCCCUUUAGCUUCAACUUGCCGAACACGCGCAUGUACCAGAACCCGCAGCCGUACACAUACUUCAGCGUUGUCAAGAAUUUCCCAAACUGGGAGGUACAAUUCGACUCAUAUCCCAUCGAUCCCUGUGCUUUAUUAACGUAUAAUGUUUGCUCUUCUUGCAGAUUUUCACGGAGCUGCAGGCUGAAGUAG